AUGGGGAACGUGGAGUCAAAAAUUCCAAAAAACACCCCAGCAGGUUGUUUACUUCUCAAUUUUACCCGUUUGGGCUACUCCCAAACCCUUAGGCGAAAAAAGCUUAUCUUCCUCUCCCAGGUGGCCUGGCCCCAGUAUCAGCUCAAUAACAGGUCGCAUUGGCCUCCCACCGGCACUUUCGAUUUCAAUGUGCUCCACGACCUAGAUAACUUCUGCUGCCGAACUGGCAAAGAUAAGAAAGUGCCUUAUGUUCAGGCUUUCUGGGACCUGCGUUCCCACCCUGACCUCUGUUCCACUUGCUCUACUCACCAGGUCCUCCUAGCCCAAACCACCCUACCCCGGACCCCUACCUCCCCGACCAAACCACCUCCAUAUAUCAUGCAAGAAGAGAUGCCUGACCAUUUGUCUUCCCCCUUUGUUCCCACUCCGGAAGUCCCCGACCCACCUAACCCCCCUCCCUCCAUGCCUCCUCCUGCUGUGCCUCCUUCCUCCUCUCCGUCUAUGCCUUCCGCCACUCCCCCGACCGCUCCUCCUCCCAUCUGCUCUCCCCAUUCUUCCCCCGUGGCGGCCCAUACCCGUACCAAGACUUCAGCACCUCCCUCUGUCAUAGCACCCCUAGGGGAAGUAGCCAGGGCGGAGGGCCUUGUUCGGGUCCAUGUCCCUUUUUCUCUCCAAGACCUAGCUCAAAUUGAGCGCCGUCUUGGGUCCUUCUCAGCAGACCCCUCCACUUACAUUAAGGAGUUUCAGUAUCUCACCCAGGCCUAUAGUCUCACUUGGCACGACAUUCGAGUCAUCUGUACAUCGACCCUCUCUGCCGAAGAGCACGAGCGCAUCCUAGCGGCAGCCAGGCAUCAAGCAGAUAGAGAUCAUGCCAUAAACCCAAACCAAGUCCCAGUAGGUACAGAAGCUAUUCCCACCAUGGACCCCCAGUGGGUAUAUCAGGAUGGAGCUGGCUCCCACAUCCCAGCUCGAGAUCGCAUGCUUCAGUACCUGUUGCACAGGUUAGAAGCUGUAUCCAAUAAGGUCGUUAACUAUGAUAAGCUAAGAGAAGUCACACAGAAGCCAGAUAAGAACCCUGCCCUUUUUCUCAACCGCCUUCAGGAAGCCCUUGUCCGCUAUACCCGACUAGACCCAGCCUCCCAAAAUGGGGCUACCGUCUUAGCUUCCUACUUCAUUUCCCAAUCUGCCCCUGACAUUCAAAAAAAACUUAAGAAAGCCGAAGAAGGCCCAGAGACUCCCAUACAAGACCUGGUUAAGAUGGCCUUUAAAGUCUUUAACGCCAGGGAAGAUGCAGCCGAAGUUGCCCGCCAAGCUCGAUUGAAGCAAAAGGUUGCACUACAGGCCCAAGCCCUAGUGGCAGCCCAGACCCAAGCCCUGGUGGCAGCCCUAUGGCUGGCAGGGGCCAGGGGUCCGAACAGCCGCUCCAAGCCCCCGCCAGGGGCAUGUUUCAAAUGUGGCAAGGAAGGGCAUUGGGCCUCUAGUUGUCCUCAGCCACAGCCGCCUACCAGGCCCUGCCCCCUCUGCCAGCUCAGUAGCCACUGGAAAUCAGAGUGCCCCCAGGGAUCCAGGACCCCGGCCAACGCAAGCCGGAGUACUGGACCAAGGGACAUCCUAACAAAACUCAAAGCCCACAUCACUUUCCCCGCCUCUCCCCAACACCUCCUGUUAGUUGCUCACCACCUUGACUCCGACUCAGACUAUGCUUCCACAGGCAUUCUCCCCCACAAAGUACACCCUAAGGUAUGGGAAACGGACACACCUGUAGUAGCCACACACCACAAGCCAGUCAAGAUUUGCCUCCAGGAACACUCCUCCCGAUUUCUUUGUCGAUCUCAGUUUCCUAUUUCCAAGAAACACCGCCUAGGACUUCACCCCAUCGUUGAAAGGCUGAAAAGCCGCGGCCUCCUAGUACCCACCAAUUCCCCAUGUAACACUCCCAUCCUCCCAGUCCGGAAACCCUCAGGAGAAUACCGCCUUGUCCAAGACCUCCGACUAGUCAAUGCUGCAGUAGUCCCUAUACAUCCUGUAGUCCCAAACCCGUACACCAUACUCUCCAGAAUUCCCUCCGAUACUACCUUCUUCUCAGUCCUUGACCUCAAGGAUGCCUUUUUCACCAUUCCCUUACACCCAGAUUCCCAUUUCAUCUUCGCUUUCACCUCGGAAGACCCACUUACUGACAACUCUUGUCAGCUCACCUGGACAGUUCUUCCCCAAGGUUUCAGGGAUAGCCCUCACCUGUUUGGUCAGGCCCUGGCAACAGACCUUCUAGGCUGCCGCCUAGCCCCAUCUAUUGUUCUUCAGUAUGUUGAUGACCUACUCGUCUGUUCCCCCAGCCAGGAAGAGUGCACCCGAGCCACUACUGUCCUGCUCAACUUUUUAGGAGAUAAAGGGUAUAGAGUUUCAAGAAAGAAGGCCCAACUCGUUACCUCAUCAGUCAUUUACUUGGGCCUACAGCUUUCCCCGGGAAAGAAAUCCAUUAUCCCCGAUCGACUGCAGGCCCUGAAAGCCCUCCAACCCCCGCAGUCUGCCACUGAAAUACUCUCCUUUCUAGGGAUAGUGGGAUUCUUCCGGCACUGGGUGCCCAACUUUGUCCUUCUGGCCAAGCCACUUUACCAAGCAGCCACAGAUACUCCUGAAGGCCCACUUACUUCACAGGGAACAGUGACUCGAGCCUUCCACACGCUCCUACAAACACUAUGUGCUUCCACCUUUCUUGCUCUACCCAAUCCCAAUCUUCCUUUUCACUUGUAUACGGAUGAGAAAGCCCACAUCGUGGUAGGAGUCCUGGCUCAACCGGUCGGCAACACCCUCCUUCCACUAGCAUACCUUUCCAAACAACUCAGCCCCACGGAAAAGGGGUGGCCACCUUGCCUCCGAGCCUUAGCAGCAGCCGCCACACUUACGACAGAAGCCCUUAAGAUCAACCUCCAGCAACCACUCACAGUAUUCUCCCCUCACAAACUGCAGGAGCUUGUAUCCGGUCAGGCCUUACCACACCUUGGGCCAUCCAAGGUCCAACUCCUACACCUUCUAUUCCUGGAGAACCCCGAUAUUUCCCUCUCCCACUGUCCUGCUCUUAACCCAGCCACCCUUUUCCCUUCUCCAACUGCUCCAACACAAGAUCACCGAUGCCUCGAGGUUAUCAUUGAAACCCAAUCCCCACAGCCUGACCUACACUCCACUCCCAUCGAGGCUGAAGCGACACUUUUUGUAGAUGGGAGCUCCUUCCUACGCCCAGGAAAAUCCCGUAUUGCUGGAUAUGCAACAGUGACUCCUUCAGACGUCAUUGAGACUCAUUCCCUCCCCUUAGGAACCACCUCACAACAGGCUGAGUUAGUCGCCCUCACCCGGGCUCUCAAGUGGGCCAGGGACAAAACUGUCAACAUCUACACAGACUCAAAGUACGCUUUCCUUAUUGCCCACUCCCACUGUAUGAUCUGGAAAGAGAGAGGAUUCUUAACCACCAAGGGCACCCCAGUAGUUAACGGAAAACGUAUAGCUGAUCUUAUCUCUGCCAUCCAGCUUCCAAAGCAGGUUGCCAUCAUUCACUGUCGAGGACACCAAACCUCCGGGUCCCUAGUAGCCCUAGGUAAUGCUUUUGCAGACAGGACGGCCAGAGAAACAGCACAAACCUGCCCACCCCCAAAGGAAAUCUACUUCCUGUCACGCUGCUACAAACCCCAGUAUUCCAACUCUGAGCUCGAACUUUUACAGCAAAACCCUGGAGUGACCUUUAGGGAUGGAUGGGCCUUCAAUCACAACCUUCUGAUACUUCCCCAAGCACAAAAAACUACCAUCAUAAAGGACAUCCAUGAUUCCUUGCAUAUCGGGCCAAAAGCCCUACUCCACUUCCUCCUACCCAUAUUACAUCCAGAAGGGCUCCCUUCCCUUAUUCACCAGGUCCAUGCUCAAUGUCUCAUUUGUGCGAAGACCAACCCCCAAGGAGCCUGUCAUCUUCAUCAACAGCUCCACCAGUUGCGUGGAUCUUUACCAGGACAAGACUGGCAAAUUGAUUUUACUCACAUGCCAAGACAUAAACAAUUUCGGUUCCUGUUAACCAUUGUUGAUACUUUUUCAGGCUGGAUCGAAGCUUUUCCCACCACUUCAGAGUCCACCGACACUGUUGCUGCCCAUCUCAUCCAGGACAUCAUCCCUCAGUUUGGGCUUCCGGCCACUAUUCAGUCAGACAACGGCCCGGCCUUUGUCUCCAAAGUUACUAACGCUGUCUGUGCUUCCUUAGGGAUUCAGUGGAAACUGCAUGCAGCCUACCACCCCCAGUCAUCGGGUAAGGUAGAACGGGCUAAUGGACUCAUCAAGGAUCAGCUUACCAAACUCUCUCUCGAGCUUAAGCAGUCGUGGGUCUCUUUACUACCGUUAGCUCUUACCAGGCUACGGGCCCGCCCCCGAGGAGCUUCACAGCUCAGUCCAUUCGAGCUCCUAUACGGGCGACCCUUCCUGCUAUCUACUCCACCUUCUCCGGAAAGUUCCCCCCUGAAUACCUACCUCCCCUAUUUUACUCUCCUCAGACAUUUACUCAGGGAACACGCCAACGCUUCUAUACCUCAGGCCUCAGAAAUUCCACCCACUCUGGGAAAAGUUGCCCCCGGUGACUCUGUCUUCAUUAAAACUCUCACUCCAAAACCCCUCUCACCUUGGUGGGAAGGGCCCUACACCGUCAUUUUAACCACCCCAACGGCUAUCAAGGUUGCUCAGAUCCCAUCCUGGGUACACCUCUCCAGGGUUAAGAAGUAUCCAAGCUGCUCCCCUAACCCCUGUUGGGAGUGUGUUCCCACAGGUCCCCUAUCACUCAAAAUACAUAAACUCUGACCUAUUCAACCUCUCCAACCCCGAGCCGACAUGUGGCCCCUACUCGCUGUAGUUCUAACCUUCUUGCCUGCUGUUCACAGCGGGUUUGGGCGACAAUAUGAUCUCAGCCAAGUUCUAAAAACUGUUUAUGGUGAGCCCUGUGAAUGCAAGUCAGGUGUUGUGUCCACUCCGCCCUCAUCCUUCUCAAGUCAAAUUGAUUGUGGAACAAAAAUAGCAUACCUUUCUUCUGGCAACGACCGCAAACCAGGCUAUGAAUGUUUUAACAAACCCACCAUUGCAAUAGUUCCCCCAGGGUCUCCCCAACCAGCCUGCAACUGCUCCUCGGAAAUGCAUCUGUCUGUCCACAGCGGUUGCUAUAAAAAUUAUGCCACUUGCACAAAAAAUAAUAAAACUUAUUUUACAGCCUGGAUCAAUGCCGAUCAUGUUGGCUCAUUUGGAGGUGACUGGGCCUCCAGUUCCCCAUUGGGCAUCACCUAUAAAUAUGCCGUUGCUUCUUGCCCAGCCUUGGGGAAAGUGGCAUGCUGGGAAAGCAGCCCAACCAUUGGUGUCAGUGACGGAGGAGGCCCACAUGAUCAAAUGAGGUCCCACCAUGUUAAAGAGAUCCUAAAGACGUUGUUUCCCACUAUAUCUUACCACCCUAUAUCCUUACCCAAGUCUCGACAGAUAGACUUAGAUGUCCAAACCCAAAAUCUCCUUAAGGCAGUUCACAGUUUCCUCUUACAUAGCAAUUCCUCAUUAGCUAACAACUGCUGGAUCUGCAUGCCUCUGGGUACACCUAUGCCUCUAGCUUUACCUGCAAUUGGUAAUUUCAGCACUAAUGGAACUCUCCAUCUUCCUUUUGCAGUUCAACCCUUGUCAAACCUCUGUGUUAAUGUCACUUGCUAUCAAAAGCCCCUCAUGAAUAAUUCCUAUGACAUUGACUUAGGUUCAAUCACGAGUUCCUGUAAUUGUUCCAAAUUUGUAAAUAGCAAUUCCAGCAUGUAUGCCCCUGCUGGACAAAGCUUUGUCUGCGGGAACAACAUGGCCUUCUCUUAUCUACCUCAAAACUGGACAGGAAUAUGUAUGGUGGCCUCCUUGUUUCCUGACGCCAGCAUAGUUUCAGGGGAUGAUCCCAUUCCUCUUCCCAGUUUCGAUGUAAUCGUGAGCAGGAAAAAGCGGGCGAUUCAGUUCAUUCCUCUGCUAGCUACCAUUUGAGUCACUGCUGCCCUAUCCACAGGGGCUGCAGGUCUUGGCUAUUCUUUACACUCUUAUCACCAGCUUUCCCUUCAACUGAUUAAUGAUGUUGAUUUACUCUCAUCUACUAUACAAGUUAUUCAGGAUCAGCUUGAUUCCUUAGCUGAGGUGGUCCUGCAAAACCGCCGAGGCCUAGACCUACUCACCGCAGAAAAAGGAGGACUAUGCCUAGCACUAGAUGAGAAGUGCUGUUUCUACGCCAACCGUUCUGGCAUUGUUAGAGUUUCUACAGUGCCGGUUUCAGGAACUCACCCGGCUCACCAUCCAUCAGAUGUUACUACAGCCAACCCUUCAUCAUUCCAACUACGCAUACCACCCUCUGCCGACUUCCCAGACUCCUUAAAAAACUCCACUUCGCCCCUGUCCAGCAGGAAGUAGCCAGAACGACUCAGCCGCCCUUUGUCCUUUAAGGAGUCGGGAAUGUUCGGUAGAAAGUCCCGCCAUCUUUCCCCCAGGAUUCUUGCCCCCACCCUCCCCCCAGGCUUCCUGCUGCCCUGAGAAAAGCCCGCCAAGCCUGCCCUGUUCUGCCCAGCAACAACAAGCAGCCAAUCAUCGCAGCAGGAAAGCCCGCCAAGCCUCGGCCUAUCCUGAACCGAUACAUAACCCUCUGAGCUACCUCAGCAGUCCGCCCAGAAACGGGCAGCCUAUCCUAAGCUCCUAUGACACUCCGCCAGCCCUGUGUCCACACCCUGUCCACCCCCCCUAUAAAACCCUCCUACCCCAGCUGCCCAGUCGCAGCCAGCCCCCGAUCUCCUUCCUUUCCUGGCCUGCCCGCUGGUCCCAAUAAACCUGAACUCGGCUUCCAACUCUCGCUCGAGCUGUUACUUGGGAUCGGGUACCGG